UGGUCGGCGCUGCACGGUGGUGCAUGGCAAGCGCGUCGGCGAAUUUGGCAACCCCUUCUCGGUCAGUCCGUCGCUCACCGUCGCUGCCAGUGGCCGUUGCGGAGCGAGGUGUCGCGUCCCUGCUUGGUGGGCGACGGUAGCACGCUAUGUGACGGAAAUCGCGUGCCGACAGUGCGCACCCCUCUCUGCCGAGCGUUCGCUUAGGGGGGCCGCGAGGAAAUAUGGAGUGUCCUCAUCUAGCUCACGGAGUCCGCCUCGGUGGGGAACGCGAGAUCGAGGCGGCCUGUACAAAGGAUCUACCGUUGGUCUGCGCAGUAUGCGGCACGGAGAAGAGUACGUGGCUCUGCCUGCACUGCGGGGCCGUGCAUUGCGGCCGUUACGUGGCGGGCCACGCGAUGCAGCAUCACGAGAAUAAUACUCAGCACUGCGUGUGCAUGGACUGUGAGAACCUGGCAGUAUUCUGUUACUCUUGCGACGAGUACGUGGUGAACGACACGACGAGCGGGCAGAUCGAGAAGCUUCGUCGCUCGGCGUUCCAGAAGGCGGAGCACAAGGAGGCGGAGGAGAGCUGGACCUCCUCGUCGUCGACCUCGUCUUCGUCCUCUUCGUCGUCUUCGCCGACGUUGUCACCACAGAGCGGGUCGGCGGCCUCGCAGCGUCGAGGAACCGGGGACGACCCGGAAGCGCUGUGGAAGGCCGAGGUGGUCGUCAGGAACUUGAGGCCGCGCACCAGGAAGAGGUCGCACUCCCUAGACGGGUCCAGGAACGCGGAGAACCGGCCUGCCGCUAAGAGGAGGAACUCGAAGAUAACCAAAGAGAAAAAGGUCGUGGGCCUGAGGAACCUGGGGAACACUUGCUUCAUGAACGUCGUCCUCCAGUCGUUCAACAACAUCAGCCACUUUUGCGAGUACCUGACGCAGAUGCCGAGCCUGGAGGGGAUCGCCUUCGACGAGCCGCCGACCCACCGGGGGCGAAUCGUCGCCCCGGGUCGAGCCAAGGAGCUCAGCGACGCCCUGCUCGCCGAAGAGCUGAGGAAGGUCCUCCUGGGGCUCAGCCUCGGCGGGUCCAACGGGCAGGCCAUUUCCCCGGAGUGCCUCUUCCUGGUAAUCUGGAAGGUCGUCCCGCGGUUUCGCGGCUACCAGCAGCAGGACGCCCACGAGUUCCUCACUUACAUGCUGGACAGACUCCACACCGAGCUCCUUCAGCUCCUGCCAAGGCUCGGUCACGAACCCCUGGGACUCAGAGGAAAGCAGAGCAUCGUCACCGCCGUCUUCGGAGGCACUCUCCUCAGCGUGGUCCACUGCAUGAACUGUCGGACGGACUCGAAGACCCACGAGCCCUUUCAGGAUCUCUCCCUGGAUAUCCCCGAUCGGCUGCAGAGGCGAGCGAAGGAACAGGAGGAGGUCUGCUGUCUCACCUACAGCCUCUCAAGAUUCUUCAAGGUGGAGGAGCUCGCCGACAGCGAGCUCUAUUUCUGCGACAACUGCAUGGGGAAGCAGAGGUCCACCAAGAGGUUCUGGAUACACAGGCUGCCUAACGUGUUGUGCCUUCACAUUAAGAGGUUCAGGUGGUGCAACUCCUAUCGCUCGAAGGUGGACACGCAGGUAGACUUCCCGAUGGAGUCGCUGGACAUGUCGGCGUUCACGGUGCGAGGGGUCACUGGCUCGAAGCUCGGGACCCAGAACAGCCACCUCUACGACCUGGCCGCCGUGAUCGUUCACCACGGGUCGGGCGCCGGUACCGGACACUACACUGCCUUUGCCGUCCACGACGGCCAGUGGUUCCAUUUCAACGACAGCUCCGUACGCCCGGCCAGCGCCGACUCGGUCGCCAAGUGCAAGCCUUACAUUCUCUUCUACGUGCGGAAGGAGUUCUCCAUUCCACCUCCCUUGUGACGCCAUUUAACCCGUGACCCGUCUCAGGGCCAUCAGCGCUCGCGACGCGGCGUCGAAGUCGGCCCAGCGACGUCGGCGCCGAGACGGGAGCGCCUCGGGACGCCGACGACGACGACGAGCCAGGGCGAGACUUCCAGCUUCCGCGGCUCCCUGCCCAGAGGGUAGGACCUCAUCUGCUCGGCAACUUGGUCCUUUAUGCGCAGAGAUGUGGAGGACGUUCAAUGUAGGCUGCUCCGUUUGGUCCCAGGACUGACCGAGCUCUACUUCCUUGUGUCGGUUCUUCUCUCUUUUUGUCUCCACCUUCUUCUUUUCCUUUCGCCUCUUCAACGGGUGCCGAAAUGUCCUGGUCGACCUCCACGUAUCCCUUUCGUCAACGUGGCACGACCUCGAGUCUGGACUCUUCAUCGUGGAUGAUGACGCAGUCUCUGCCAGGAGCGUUCGGAACUUGUCAUCGGAAACCGAGCAAUGGACCUGGGGCUGGGUCGAUCCGAGGGCCGGAUUGGACCACCUGCUCUUUUAACAACGUGUAAGUAUCCGAACUGCGUCUCUUCCACAUCCCGAAGGACACCCUGGUUUGAGCGGCUCGAGGGGAGUUCCUGAUCCAAUGCUCGAGACACGGAACUGGAUAUGCUCCAUGAAUGUGGUAACGAUUGGUGGAGUUGUUUAAGGGACGUUGAAGUUCUUUGAAGAGCGGCACUCCAGGAGGAAGCGACAUCGACGGGUCUUCAAGGACCGUCCCGUGGUCCUCGUCCCCCGUUGCGAGGACGUCACGUCCCUCUCCGUCCUGUCGUCCUUGGCGAGCCGAGGCCAAUGCGAGGGAAAAGGACUCUUCGUCCCGUCAACUCCUUCAGGGUCGCCAGAAAUAUGGACCUCUCCGCAGCCACGAGCGACGCCUUCGCUUUGGUUUCCGAUCCUCGUCUCGAGCCGCAUCUUUGCGGACUCAAGGAUCACCGUGCGACCGUUCUUAUUUAAGACCUUCCGUUGUCUCGUUGGCUCUGGUUAAUACACAGCGAAUGUAGCCUGGACUCUUCCUCGACGACCUGUAAUCGUCGGUGAUUGGAAUCGACACCUCGAAUUUGUUCGAUUUUGUGAUAGACCAUUGUAGGGACGCGAGGUUGUGGAAAUAUGAACGCAUGCGUGUGAUGAGGUUAUGGACGAGUCCAUGUGUAGAGGACGAACAUUUUGGAACACGUUGACUUGGCUGGAUGUGGGAAUAUGAACGCGCACAUGAUGGGGUUAUGGACGAGUUCGUGUGGAGAAGGCGACCGUUUAGGGACACGUCAACUUCGCAGGAUGUAAAGUAGCACGUAAGAGCGUAUGUAGACAGCGAACGAGGCGUAUUCUAUGUACUCCCUGUGUCACGGGUUCUAGAAAACAACGCGAGGCAGAAUCGCGUUUUAGGGGACUUCAAGAAGCGUCGAGAGAUCAUUUUUCGAGCACAAGGAGCUACGUGGGGUUUUUCCUACGACCUUGCGUUGCAUCCGGACAACGUGAUCGUUGAUAGGCACGAAGCGCUCCUCGACCUAGAAUUAGAAACCGAGAAAAAAUCGAGAGAGGGAGAGAGUUGUCGAGAAAUCAUUGAAUAACGAGGAGUGCUUCGUCCCUUUGCUCGAAUCGCCGCGAAUCGUCUCCCUAUAGGUUCGGGUUUUUGCGUGAACAAAUUUUUGGGCCGAGGCGAAAGGGGGUUGAGACGCGAUCGAGACGCGGCCAUUUUCUGAUACCGAACAAAAUCACGUAAACGUUGUUACCGAAACUUUAAUGCCGAACGUCACUUAUUAACGAAUCAACGAAUCGUCUGCGCUCGACGCAACCCAUGGCCCCUUAAGGCGGAGGUUUCUUUAAAGCUUAGAAGCAUAGCUAGCCCGAAAAAAAAUUGUGACCGGACAUGGAAAUCGAAACAUGUCGCCCGUUCUCCAAGCGACGAAGGACCUUGACCCUGCCUUGACCUAGCCCACUAAUUCCGAUCUGCCCUGAAAAAUCCCUAGAUCCUCUCCCUUCGGGAAUUCCUCGCUCUUUCCUCCUCUCUAUCCUGCCGUUCCCCAUGAAACACUCGACGACUCUUAUGUGAUUAUUUAAAGACUUAUUUUUUCUAUAAUAAUAAUUAUAAUAACGAGAAUAGAGGUAAACGACAGAAUGCGUAGCGAAGGGACGUUUUACUAUUAAGGAGGUGAUUUAAGGCAUGACGAAUUCGCCUCUGGGGGAAUAAGCCAAACCGUGCUCGUACCUAAUGGAAUCCGGUCAUGUACGGGCGAGAUGUGGAGGUAAGCAAUUUACGCGAUCAUCGAGAUGUACCAACGGCGAACGGAAAAAUUAACGAAAUAAAGGACCGUGAACGAUGCUCGAA